UUCCUAGGUCACCAUACCACCCGAUCAGAGCAGGCCUUUGUUUGGGAGCAGCCGAGAAAGUGAAAAUUUCAGACGAACCUUUGGCCUGAGCAGGUUGAAAAAUUUUUGUGUCCCGCAGAAUUUGUAUUUUUGCAACUUUGAAUUCCUCCCAGCAUAAUGGCUUCGCUAGAACAAAAACGGGAAGCGUUCCGCAAGUAUCUGGAAUCGGCGGGUGCGAUCGAUUGCCUCUCGAAAGCGCUGAUUAAACUGUACCAGGAGGACCAAAAACCAGACGAUGCUUGCAAGUUCAUCCGGCAGACGAUGUGUGAAAGUUGUCCCACCGAUGAACAGGUCGCGCAAAUGAUAGAGGAUCUGGACAAGGCAAAGCAGGAUAAUUGUUGCUUGCAAAGGGAACUAACCAAAAUGAAGGGAGAACUUCGAAGAUCUUCCAGUGAGAUUGCACUGGCACUUGAGGAUGGCUUCAAAGCGUUGGAAGAGGAUGGAGACUGCAAGUCACUAUUGAAGACACAUCUCACGAGGGAGCUGUUCGAGGGACUCAAGGGUGAAAGAACGGCAUUGAAAUCGACACUACUGGAUUGUAUCCAAUCUGGGCUGGAAAAUCAUGACUCUGGCGUUGGAUUGUAUGCAGCGGACGCCGAGUGUUACGAGGUAUUUGCGCCGCUCUUCAAUGCGGUGAUUCAGGAUUACCACGGGAUCGCCGACGACAUACAGCAUCCAGCUAGCAAUUGGGGUGAUGCAAGUACCUUCGAGAAUCUGGAUCCCGACGGAGAUUUCAUCAUUUCUACUCGUGUUCGGUGUGGAAGAUCAAUCCAAGGAUUCCCCUUUAAUCCCUGCCUCAAGAUGGAUCAGUACGAAGAGUUGAUGAGUAGGAUAAAAACAGUUUUGGAAGGGCUUGAAGCGGAAGAUUUGAAGGGGGAAUUCCAUCCGCUGGAGGGAAUGUCCAAAGAGCAUAUGAUUCAGCUUAUCGAUGAACAUUAUCUGUUCAAGGAAGGAGAUCGGUUUUUGCACUCGGCAGGAGCGUGCCGAUUUUGGCCCAUCGGACGAGCAAUCUUCUACAAUGAACCGAAAACGUUCGUGGUAUGGAUCAACGAGGAGGAUCAUAUGCGAGUUAUUUCGAUGGAUAAAGGAGGAGACUUGGGUGCCAUCUACCAACGCUUGGUUUCCGCUGUCGAAGCCAUCGGCAAAGACAUAGCCUUCGAGCGGAGCGAUCGGCUGGGUUACCUCACGUUUUGUCCCACCAAUCUGGGAACAACAAUUCGCGCCUCGGUUCACAUUAAACUACCAAAUUUGGGUUCGAAACGGGAGAAAUUGGAAGAGGAAGCGGCUAAACUCAAUCUCCAGGUUCGGGGUACACGUGGCGAGCAUACCGAUUCCGAGGAAGGCGUAUUUGAUGUAUCGAACAAGCGACGCCUUGGAUUGACGGAGUUUGAAGCCGUGGAAGAGAUGUAUAAUGGUAUAAAACAAUUGAUCGAACUCGAAAAGGCGACGGAAGCUGGAACGGAAUUGAAUGGAAUAGUCGCUGAGGCGGAACCAGCCGAGGCCGAACCAGCAGAGGCACCUGCAGAGGAGGCGGCUCCAGCCGCUAGUGAAUAGUACGAUAACUAUGUUAUAUAAAUUUCAAUCGCGAUAGACAAUGCCCAUCACCAGGCAACCUGCUUCGAUGCAUAUCUGUAGCAAACAUGAGCAAUCAUCAUCUUGGGUAUAGCUAAAUCAGAUGUAGUAAAUAUACAAAUCAUAUAUUUGUCAUCGCUGUUAUUCGUCAAGCGUGUGAACACGUUCGGGGGCGAGAGACAGAUCGGAAAUUGAUUGUAAUUGGGUUUAAUUAAAUUGAAGACGAUCGAACUCA